AUGUGGCCUCCUGCAGAGAGCAUAUGUGGGGACCUCUCCCCGGGCUCCUGCGGGUAUCAGCCCAGAUCCAAACCCACAGGGACUGACCUGCUACAUGAGCAUCUUGGUGAAAUCCAGAACCUGCGCCAGCGCCUGGAGGAGUCCAUCUGCAUUAACGACUGCCUGGGGGAGCGGCUGGAACACAGGCUCAGCUCCGCUGCCCAUGGAAGCGGACCCACCUCUAACUUCUACAAUCCAAGCCUGGAGUCCACACCUCAGCUCUGCAGUGAGAACAGAGUCCUUAGGGAAGAAAACCGGAGCCUUCAGGCUCAGCUCAGUCAUCUUUCCAGAGAGCACUCCCAGGAAACAGAAUGUCUGAGGGAGGCUCUGCUGACCUCUCGGUCCCAACUUCAAGAGCUGGAAAUGGAGCUAGAGCACCAAAAGGUGGAACGACAGCAGCUUUUGGAAGACUUGAAGGAGAAGCAACAGGAGAUCUUGCAUUUCCAGGAGGAACGGCUAUCUCUCCAGGAGAAAGACUCCAGGCUGCAGCAUAAGCUGGCCCUCUUGCAGCAACAGUGUGAAGAGAAACAGCAGCUCUUCCAGUCCCUCCAGUCAGAGCUGCAGAUCUACGAGGCACUUAAUGGCAAUUCCAAGAAGGGGCUGAAAGCUUACACCUGGGAUGCCUGUCACCAAGUCCCUUUGGGCAGUGACUUGAGCCGCCUGGUGGCAGAGAUCCGAGCUUUGAGAGGGCAGCUGGAGCAGAGCAUUCAGGUGAACAACUGUCUGCGACUGCAGCUUGAACAGCAGUUGGAUGGUGGUGCCAGCAAAGCCAGCCUCAGCCCCUCCUCUGUUAACCAGAAAUUCCCCAACAACACUGACCCUGGAAACAAGCAGCUGCUCUUCCAAGAUUCAGUUGCCUCCCCUCCAGUUCGGGAUGUGGGCAUGAAUUCUCCAGUUCUGGUCCUCCCCAGCUCCUCUUCUGCUGCUUCUGGCUCAGGGACCACAACCUUCAACAGGAAAAAUGAGCUGGGUUUGGAUGCUUCUCCAGUAAUGAAGAACCCUCCCAAGCUGGAGGGUGAUGCUACUGAUGGCUCCUUUGCCAAUAAGCAUGGCCGCCAUGUCAUUGGCCACGUUGAUGACUAUAGUGCCCUAAGACAGCAGAUUGAAGAGGGCAGACUGCUGGUCAAGAAGGUAGCAUCCCUCGUGAGAUCAACCUGCAACUUCCUUGGCCUUGAAGCUCUAGGCACAGAGGUGAUGGGCAGUGAAGCCAUCCAUGAGCUCAGGAGCAGUGCCAACGCCCUGCACCACCGGCUGGAGGAGUCCGCCUCCCUCCUCACCAUGUUCUGGCGAGCAGCCUUGCCAAGCUCCCAUGGCCCUGCGCUGGGUGGCAAAGUGGGAGAGUCCAUGAAAAGGGAGCUUCUGGAACUGAGAACCAAACUAUCCAGACAGGAGAGUCUCCUUCAGAGCACAGCUGAGCAUCUGAAGACUGCCAACCAGCAGAAGGAGAGCUUGGAGCAGUUCAUCUUCAGCCAGUUGACCAGGACACAUGAUGUUUUAAAGAAGGCAAGGACUAAUCUGGAGAAGAAUACUUACAAGAUUGCCUCUGUAAAGCCUUAUUCCUGUCCCAGCAAAGAAGGUCAACUCAGGGGAAAUGGGACCUGCUCCCCAGCAGUGGAGCAUGUGGUCCUGACACUGGAGCGCCACGGCAGAUCUAAAAGCACAGGACUGAGCAGCAGUGCCCUGCAGGACAGUGUUGGCAGGGCCCUGAUGACCUGA